GCAAAUAUAUGAAGUGACUCUGGGACAUACCCCUUUUCUGAUUGAGAACCUCUCAUUCAGGGACUGGGCUUCCCUUGUCUCUAUCAUGCAAUGCAGACCACACGAACUGAACGCCAAGAUCCAAGAACUAGCAAGCAAUAUUACCGAUGCAUGCAGGAAAGCCGCAAUCGAGAACCGGGAGCUGAACCUCAUCAUUGCCAAGGCCGAGAAGAUUAUUCUCGAACUCCAUGGCCAUGAUGCAUCGCAUCCGGACGCUGUUGGUCAAGUCUCCGUUACCGAAAGUAACGAGACAUUCAGCAAUGCUUACAUCGAUCGAAUGGCGUUGUCACAAGUCGAGUUAGAGUACCUCAAGAAGAAGGAGGCAGAACGAAAGAACAACGCACGCACAAAGAUUAACCCGCUUGCAAGAGACGCUGGGCACAAGUUUGCCAAGAAUAGCCCAUUCUUGUCACUAGCCUCGAGCACAUGGACUGAGAAAGCGGUGCAACGCGUGCACAAUCGCUUAUGGAAGCUUGAUACUUUCAAUUACACGGCACCAAUCAGCGUAAAGGCGUAUAUGGCACUCGCCGGGCUCACCAAUGCUGACAUAGACAACUGUCGAACUGCUGCCAGAAAUGGCACCAUCUACUUCCCAGGAGCAAGGGGUGGACUGGAUGCUAACUUCCCUCCAAUCGCCAAGCUGGAGAAAGGGAAGUGCCCGAAGAAACCCCUGUUGCACUAGAAAGGCAUACCAAAAUUCCGAGCAAAUCUACCUGAACUCAAGAAGCUCUUGAACGCCGGAAGACCAUACGUGAAGUGUGCAUGUCUCGGAUGUGAAAAUAGCUUCACAUGGUUCGACCAUAUGAUAUGGUUUGUAGACAUAACUAUGUGGUUGUAUGCUUAAGACUA